ACGGUGCGUUUCAGUAGGGCGCUCAUGAAAAUUCAAAUUUCUCCAGAUAAAAAACACACACCGUUGUGGCUUCUCAGAUUUUUCAAAAUCCAAUCUUUCCUUUCUCUCAGUUUCUCUGGUUUUUCCAAAUCCAUCUCAUGGCGACGAAAUCCGAUUCCCCAAAGAGGGAGUGGUCCCUGAACGACUUCGAGAUCGGAAAGCCUCUCGGCAAAGGCAAGUUCGGGCGGGUCUACGUGGCCCGAGAAGUCAAGAGCAAGUACGUGGUGGCGUUGAAGGUGUUGUUCAAGAAGCAGAUAAAGAAGUACAAGAUUCACCACCAGCUGAAGAGAGAGAUGGAGAUCCAGACCAGUCUCAGACACCCCAACAUUCUUCGCCUCUACGGUUGGUUCCACGACGACGAACGCAUCGUCUUGAUCCUCGAGUACGCCCACGGCGGCGAGCUCUAUGGGCUGCUCAGGGAGAAUACUCAUCUCUCUGAGAAACAGACCGCCACGUAUAUACUGAGCCUGGCGCAGGCUUUGGCUUAUUGUCACGAGAAGCAUGUGAUUCAUAGGGAUAUCAAGCCGGAAAAUUUGUUGCUUGAUCAUGAGGGUCGACUGAAAAUUGCAGACUUUGGAUGGUCUGUACAGUCAAGCAGCAAGAGACGAACAAUGUGUGGAACGUUAGAUUAUUUAGCACCAGAGAUGGUGGAGAACAGAGCUCAUGAUUAUGCAGUGGAUAACUGGACUUUGGGAAUUCUCUGCUAUGAGUUUCUUUAUGGCACUCCUCCAUUUGAGGCUGAAAGUCAAAGAGAUACUUUCAAAAGGAUUACGAACAUUGACCUGAGCUUUCCUUCUAGCCCUCAAGUUUCUGCAGAAGCUAAACAUCUCAUUAGCCAGCUUCUGGUGAAGGACUCCUCUAAGAGGCUUUCUCUUCAGAAGAUCAUGGAACACCCUUGGAUAAUGAAGAAUGCAGAUCCUUCCGGUAUCUGCAAUAACUAGCUUUUCUACCUAUGAUGUUGGUCUACCGUAGCUUUAGGAGUUUGCAAUUGGAGGUACUAGAAGUCACUUGUUCCAAGUAUACAACCUUAUGCUAAUCUGCUCUCAUAUACAUGCAUGCUACAGAAAGUUUGAAUUUUGGUAUACUCUCUCAUCAGACUUGAAGUAGUGGUUGUGGUAGCUGGUUCCUGAAUUGUCACAAGUCCAUAAGACAUAACUCAGGCAGUGGGCAGCCAUAUCCCAGCUGAUGAUUCCAAGAUUCUUCAUAGCUAUGGGGGUUCCCAGAGUGUCAACAAUUUAAUGUUUUGACACAGGUUCCUUUCGAUGAUUCAAAGAUUCUUCAAUUACUGGUUGCUGUAUAAGUUGUGCUUCCUUCUGUUACUAAUUAAAGACUGAAAAAGCUCUAGCUUUUUUAAUUAGCGAAAAAGCUCUAGCUUUUUUAAUUAGCCAUCAUUGUAACUAUAAUGCAAGUGACGACUUAUCAAGAGAACAAGGGGAUUGAAACCUUUUGCCUAUAAUCUCUUUCUAUAGACUCAUAAUG